CAGUAGCAGAUCGGCUGCAUCUGCAUUGGAGUCAAUCUGAUCUCUGCCCAGCUCGUGCACCGAAGCUGCAAAAUCUUUCACGGCGGAGACGAAGUGGAGGGUUGAUUAAAAUGGACAGUAAGCCGACGCGGCCGCACCGCCGGCCGCCGCCUUUGCCGUCCAAGACGAGCGGCGUGUGGCCCGUCGCGCUGCUCGUCGUCCUCUGCUUCGCCGCUCUCCCGCUCUUCCUCGCGCUGUCACGAGCGCGGCCGACCUUGUCCGACGUGUCGCAGAUGGGCGUCACGGUGACCGUCCACGACGAGGAUCCAGCAGGGACGCCGCCGGAAUCCUCCCCGGCGAACCGGGACAGGCUCCUCGGCGGGCUGCUCUCGCCGGACAUCGGCGAGAGCGCGUGCCUGAGCCGGUACAAGUCGUCGCUCCACCGCAAGCCGUCGCCGCACUCGCCGUCGCCGUACCUCGUCUCCCGGCUGCGCAAGUACGAGGCGCUCCACCGCAAGUGCGGGCCCGGCACGCUCUUCUACAAGAAGUCCCUGAUGCAGCUCACCUCCGCCUACAGCAUGGGCCUCGUCGAGUGCACCUACCUCGUCUGGACGCCGUGCGGCGGCAGCCACCUCGGCGACCGCAUGCUCUCCAUGGCGUCCGCCUUCCUCUACGCGCUCCUCACCCACCGCGUGUUCGUGGUGCACGUCACCGACGACAUGGCCGGACUCUUCUGCGAGCCCUUCCCGGCCGCAUCGUGGGAGCUCCCCGCGGGUUUCCUCGUCCACAACCUGACGCAGCUCGGCCGCGGCAGCGAGCACAGCUACGCGAACCUGCUCGGUGCUAAGAAGAUCAAGACCGACGACCCCGCCGGCGUGCGGUCCGAGUCGCUGCCGUCGUACGCGUACGUCCAUCUGGAGCACGACUACCAGCAGUCGGACCAGCUCUUCUUCUGCGACGACGACCAGACCGUGCUGGCGAAGGUGAACUGGCUGAUACUGCGCUCCAAUCUCUACUUCACGCCGGGGCUGUUCCUGGUGCCGCAGUUCGAGGACGAGCUCCGGUGGAUGUUCCCGGCGAGGGACACGGUGUUCCACCAUAUCGGGAGGUACCUGUUCCACCCUUCCAACAAGGUGUGGGAGCUCAUCACGAGGUACCACACGUCGUACAUGGCCAAGUUUGAAGAAAAUAUUGGCAUUCAGAUCACGACCUUCGCCGGGAGCAAGGUGUCGUCGGAGGAGUACUUCAAGCAGAUCGUCGCUUGCACGAGUCAGGAGAAGAUUCUGCCGGAGAUCGACCCAAACGCGACGUCGAGCGCUAACGAGGCGGCGCUAGCCACCACGGCGUCGAAGGCCGUGCUCGUCAGCUCGGCGCAGCCGUCGGAGUACGCCGAGAAGCUGAAGGCGAUGUACUACGAGCACGCGACGGUGACCGGCGAGCCUGUCAGCGUGCUGCAGCCGGCCGGCGCCGGUAAGCAGGCACCCAACCAGAAGGCGCUGGUGGAGAUGUUCCUCCAGAGCUACUGCGACGUGUCGGUGGUCAGCGGGCGGUCGACGGUUGGGUACGUCGGCCAUGGCCUCGCCGGGGUAAAGCCCUGGCUGUUGCUAACGCCCACGAAUCGGACAGCGUCGGCUAACCCGCCCUGCAUCCAGACAACGUCGAUGGAGCCGUGCUUCCAUGCUCCACCGAGCUAUGACUGCAGGGCCAAGAAGGAUGGGGACCUUGGUGCCGUUCUAAGGCAUGUCAGGCAUUGCGAGGAUGUCGGUGAUGGUCUAAAAUUGUAUGACUAGUUAAUUUUGAUGUACUUAAUCAGAUGGGUGGAAAAGACAAGCUUCAAUGAUCAAUUGAUCAGUUGAAAGAAGAAAAAACUGUAGAAUAAUUACAAGAUGUAUUGACUUAGAUGGAGGCAAAUGUAAUAUGGCCUUCCAGUUGAAAGAUGUCAUGUGAUUUGAGAUGGGGAAUGUUUCAAAUGA